UUUCGGCUUAUUAUUUAUUGGAAUGGUCGGGUGACAAACUCGAACAUUGGGAUCGACUAUGAAGAUGGCGAAUCCAGUUCGCUUACAAUUGAGUCGAGAUUCUCGUGGCAAGAACUCCAUGACAGGUGUGCAGAAAGGACUUGUACGGGCGGGCAAAUGAGAGUUCGUCAAAUUACUUACCGGUAUCCCAACAUGAGUGCUGACGGAGUCAUGUACGAAAGAGUUGACAUAAAUGACGAUGACGACGCGAACAUGAUGACACAGUUCAUAUCUGAGAACGGGGUGCGGCUUGCAGAGGUGUAUGUCGAGACCGAGCCGGUCAGUGAAACUCAUUCUCACCAGUAUUCUUAUGAUGAUGGUUUUGCAGGAGGGUAUGGCUGGGGUGGUAGUUCAAGUAACUACGGAGCAGGUUCUUCUGCCGGAGGGUAUGGUUGGGGAGGUACUUCAAGCAACUACGGAGGAGGUAGUUCUGAAGGAGCUGUUGGGUGGGAAGAAUACCUGCCACAUGGUGGUGAGACUGCCGUCGAUAUCGUUCAGCCCGACGGUGAUCAAUGGCCUGCUUGGGGUCCAGAGUGGGGUGACAUUGAAAACACCCUUCGAACUGGGCGUACUUCGCAUGACCAAGAAGGCGAUGCUGGUUAUGCUGCUAAAGAUGACCCUCCUUCGCCGAGCUAUCCAUUCGCCUCCAGUGACGAUGAAAGUGAGGAAGAUUUGAGAUCAGUCAGUGAGGAGGAAGAUGCGGACGAUAACGACGAUAUCGAUGACAGUGAGGUGGCGUUCCGCCAGGCACCAACGCCUUACUACACAGAGGUUCCUGAUCAAUUUUUAUAUGGUCAGAACGAUGCCCCUGACUAUCGGCCCAUGCCUGUGUAUAAUCCGACUGCUAAUUUGGAAGUGGGUAUGGCGUUCACUUCAAAAGCCGAUGUGCAAGACGCUUUUAGCGAAGAAGCCAUGCGGCGUAAUUUCGAAUGGAAGGUAAAAUAUUCUGACAAGGGACAACUGCAUGUCAUUUGUAAGAAUGCUGGAGAGGGUUGUAUGUGGCAACUUCGUGCUGCAUAUAUGAAGAGAAAGGGGGUCUGGGUCAUGCGGACAGCAGAGAACAACCACAGUUGCUCCUCAACCAUACUUUCACAGGAUCACCGGCAACUGAAAGCAAAAAAAGUGGCAAGAACCAUUAAGCACCUUAUCGAGGCACAACCAGAUAUCAAGAUAAAAGCUAUCAUGGCGGAGGUGAAGGAUCGACACUCCUACACCAUAAGGUAUAAGAAGGCGUGGCAUGGGAAGCAGAAGGCCAUGGCUGAUGUCUACGGUGAUUGGGAUGACUCGUAUGCUUUACUCCCCAGACUAAUGUCCGCAAUGGAGGAGUCCAACCCUGGGACGGUUUCCGUGCCUUGGUACAACAACGUAGAAACUGAAGAUCAAGUUCGAGUACAGAACGAGUUGAUGUUUCAUCGUCUGUUCUGGACAUUCAAGCCAUGCAUUGACGGGUUUCCCUUCUGCAUGCCAGUGAUUCAGGUAUAUUACGGACUCAAAAUAUUGUACUACUUCAUUACUUUACUAAUUUCAAUUUUUACUAACUCAGUAUUCAUUUUAACAGGUUGAUGGAACUUUCCUUACUGGGAAGUAUAAAGGAACUCUUCUUAUUGCCACUGGGGUUGAUGGAAAUUUAAGUAUUUUUCCCUUAGCAUUUGCAUUAGUUGAAGGGGAGAACAACCUAAGUUGGGCAUGGUUCUUUGACCAGCUACACGCCCACGUCACACAAAGAAUGGGUAUUACAAUUAUAUCGGAUCGACAUGCCGGGAUUAAACACGCCGUCCGUGGUUUCCCGGACGAAUGGGGAUGGACAUGGCGUUGGUGUAUUCGUCACUUCCUAGCCAAUUUCCAACACAAAUUUGGCAAGAAGAAAGACAUCAGAGAUCAAUUAUGGAGUGCAGGUAAUAAUGUAAUUCAGUGCUUGUUCAAGGUUUAUUGUUCAAAUGACAAUUCUUAUGGAUUAAUUAUUAAUUCUCCGGUCUUGUAGCGGUUGCACAUCAACCAAAAAAGUACGAGCAGAAGAUGAAGACGAUCCGUCAAAUACACCGGGCGGGAGCAGUAUGGGCAGAAGGUCAAGAUCUGCACAUGUGGACAUUUCACAUGGACAACGGGGCUAGAUUCGGAAUUGCAACUACCAACCAUGGGGAGAGCAUAAAUGGAGUCUACAAGGGCAUUAGGGCAAUGCCUGUAUCUGUCCUAGUGGAGAUGACAUACUGGAAGGUAAACGAGUGGUUUGUGAAGAGACGGGAUGCUGCUAUAGGGAGGGAGCGUGCUGGUCAUUCAAUAGCUAAGCAUAUAUUUGACGGCAUGCAGAAGAUCGAAGAGAAAUCAAGUAAGCACAGAGUUGUUCUGUUCAACCGCAAUGAGGGUAUUUUUGCUGUGCAAACAGGUAUCUGGGGUGGAGGAAGACGUGGGCAUAAUCGUCAAUCCGUAACUCUACACGUAGAAACUCGCACCGGAGAGUGUACAUGCCAAAAGUAUCAAAACAGAAGAGUACCUUGUUCACAUGCAAUGGCAGUAGCUAAGUCGAUAACCCUCAGCGCUUACAGUUUGGUUAGUCCUUACUACACGGAACAGGCGAUCAGGAACUCCUACUCGUCAAGUUUUAGCCCCCUGCCGGAUGAAGCUUAUUGGCCUGUAGACAAUGGGAAGUUGAUUAUCCCACCGUUACACUUAAAGCGCACCAAAGGUCGUCCUAGGACCGAAAGGAUUCACAAUGAAAUGGACCAAUCACAACGUGCCCGACGGGGUCCAAAGCGUUGCUCAAAGUGCAGACAACCGGGUCAUGACAAGAGGCGUUGCCCAGGUCCACCUCUAGAGCAAGAUUCGGCGCCAAUUCCGAACCUACCUUGAUGUUGUUGUUGUUCACUUCCUUGUUUUAAUCUUGUUGAGUAGUUUUCGUUGUUGUGAUGUUUAAUUUGGACUUCUUGUUUUAAUCUUGUUGAGUGAUUGUAAUAAAGGGCGUUUGUUGUUCAUUUUGGUACAACAUGGGGGUAAAAACCAACAAAAUUUAGCCGACAGAUAGUUAAUGGAAAACAACACAAUCCGAAACCAAAUUUAGAAACAUAGAUAGUUCAUGGAAAACAACACAAGCCCCAAACCAAAUUUAGACGACAUGGAUAGUUCAUGGAAAACAAAAAAAGAUGGAACUAAAUUAGAACGACAUAG